GGAGGGAAUCUGGUGGUGAAAGCAUGACCACAUUCUUCCGCCAUUGUUUUCUUCUACACCUCCUUACGAAAACCUCAAAACGACGACUAAACCCUUCAUCUUUCUCUCUUCAGAGUUGGGGAUUUUCUCUCUAACUAACAUGUCGAUGGAAGGAGAAGCUCAGAUUGACCGGCUUCCGAUGGACCUGCUUGCUCAUAUCUUCGUUUUCAUCACUUGCUUCAAGGAUUUGGCUCAGGCGAGCAGUGUGUGUAGAAAAUGGAGGGAAGGUGUGAAGCAAUCUACGGGGAGGAGGGAGAGAUUGAGUUUUGCAGGUUGGAAGAUGAACGAUGAAUCUACUUCUCGUAUUGUUCGUCAUGCUUACGCUCUCAAAGAGCUUGACAUCUCAAAAAGUCGAUGGGGUUGCCAAAUAACCGAUAAUGGAUUGUACCAGAUAUCAACGGCAAAAUGCGUCAUCAAUCUUUCUUCGAUAUCCUUAUGGGGUAUGACAGGAAUCACAGACAAGGGUGCUGUCCAACUGAUUUCAAGGGCCAAUUCUUUGCAACACCUGAAUAUUGGAGGUACAUUCAUAACAGAUGAAUCUUUGUUCGCAAUUGCUACCAGCUGCCCGCAUCUGAAGACUGCCAUAUUAUGGGGAUGCCGUCAUGUGACCGAAAAUGGACUUCUAGUUCUUGUAAAUAACUGUAAGAAACUGGAGUCGAUCAACGUAUGGGGAAUGAGAGUAGCUCGAGAUUCCUUCAUCGCCCUGCUCACCAUUCGUCCAGCUCUUCAGAUCGUACCCCAAUCACUCCUCAAUAUCGAAAACGUUCCUUUGUUGCCUGUUUUUUGAG